AUGCACAAGCUGCAGUCACUCAAUCUGCAUGGGUGUAGUGGCUUGGAUGGCGGGAUCGUGGAACAGUGGAACAAGGAUGUUUGGCAUGUGCCUGAGUUUGUGGCACCAAGGGCCCGUAGAGGUCUGAAAGAGAUGGACAUCAUUGAGGUGGACCCGGAGUAUAUGUUCAGUGACGAGUAG